AUGUCGUUCCAACCACCGAGGCCGACGGCUCUUGAACAAGACGGCCGGGAUCGUGAUGACGGCCGUGCAGAGUUCCGUCGCUCGACAAGCAGCGGCCUCCGCUCGUUCCUCCCGCCGCUCAACUUCAUCACGCUGCACUACGCCUACUUCAUCGGCACGACCCUCCUCGCCUCGGUCAUCUUCUACGUCUCGUCCAGCCCGCACGGCAGCAUCGGCUAUGUCGACUCGCUCUUCCUCGUCGUCUCCGCCAUGACCGAGGCCGGCCUCAACACCGUCAACCUGAGCGAGAUGACCGUGUGGCAGCAGGUCAUGCUCUGGCUGCUCAUCAUCGUCGGGAGCUCCGUCUGGGUCUCCAUCUGGACGGUCCUGGCGCGGAAGCACGUCUUCGAAAAGAGUCUCCGGGAGGUCGUCCAGGCGAGCGACGAAGAGAGGGACCGGCAGCACGGCCGGCUGCCCAUCUUCAACGGCCGUGAUGCCGCGUCGAGGGGCAAGGGCGGGGCAAGCAUGACGGGGGUGAUGGAGCGGGGGGUUUCGAGCCAGGCCCGGGCCGGGGACAACCACAUCACCAUCGACACGCCCGAGAACCUCACGCGGCGUUCGACGCACUCGGUGUCCUCGAGCACCAAGCCGACCCGCCCCUGGCUUUCGUUUCUCAGCUCCGCCAAAGAAGGCCGCAACUCCCAGUUCCACUCUCUCACGGCCUCCGAGCGCUCCCGUCUCGGCGGCCACGAGUACCGCGCCCUUCGUCUGCUGUCAGUCGUGGUCCCGGUGUACUCCAUCCUCUGGCAGGUCCUCGGCAGCCUGGCCAUCGGAGCCUGGAUAGCGAACAACAUGCCGACGGUGGCGACGUCCAACGGCGCGAAUCCCUGGUGGGCCGGCAUCUUCUUCGCCGUCUCGGCGUUCAACAACUCGGGCAUGUCGCUCCUCGACGCCAACAUGGUGCCCUUCCAGCAGGCUUACUUCGUGCUCAUCACCAUGGGCCUGCUGAUCUUGGCGGGCAACACGGCGUACCCUCUGUUUCUCAGACUCAUCUUUUGGUCUGCGUUGAAGGUGCUUCGCCUUACCACAGGGGAAGAAAUACACGUUGAGCUGAAGAGCACGUUGGAGUUCAUCCUCAGAUACCCGCGACGGGUCUAUACAAACUUGUUUCCAUCCAGACCAACCUGGUGGCUAUUCUUCAUGGUAGUACUGACGAAUGGGAUCGACUGGAUGGCAUUUGAGGUCCUCAACAUCGGUAACCCCGUCAUUGAGGCCAUUCCCGUCGGAGCCCGCGUGCUGGACGGCCUGUUCCAAGCCAUUGCUGUCCGCUCGGGUGGUUUCUAUGUCAUCCCCAUUGCCUCCGCCUACCCAGGGCUGCAGGUUCUGUACGUCAUCAUGAUGUACAUCUCCGUCUACCCCGUCGUGAUAACGAUGCGCCACUCCAACGUCUACGAGGAGCGCUCUUUGGGUAUCUACGCCGACGACGACGACGACGACGACGCCCCGAGCCGCUCCUCCACCGACGAGAAAAAGCACGGCGGCGGCAACGGGCUGCUCACCAAGCUGAUCAGGGACAACCUCAGCUUUGCCGGGGUGGGCGCGGCCAAUCCGAAGAGGGCCGACGGCCUCGAGUCCCGGACGAGCUUUGUGAGCCAGCAGAUCCGCGGACAGCUCGCCCACGAUCUAUGGCUGCUCACCCUCGCCGUGCUCAUCAUCGUCACCAUCGAGACGUCGCAUUUCCUCGAGGACCCGGUGCACUUUUCCGUCUUCAACGUCGUCUUCGAGGUGGUCUCCGGCUACGGGUGCGUGGGCAUCUCGGUAGGCCUGCCCAAGGACGCCAUGAGCUUCUCCGGCGGCUGGCAUGCGGGGAGCAAGCUGGUGCUGUGCCUCGUCAUGCUGAGGGGACGUCACCGGGGACUCCCUGUCGCCCUGGACCGGGCCGUGAGACUACCUGGACAGAGGCUGUUGGAGGACGAGGAGGAGGAUUGGAGGUUGAGACGGGCCAGAAGUGGGCGGGGGGUGGAAAGCAAAGCGGUUUAG